AAUAUCCCUAACUUGCGUUUCUUCCCAGACUUAGCGCCGCUUCUUCAUCUUUUUCAUUCUUCUUCAGUUUUUUUCGUGGUUCUUCUCAUUUGCGCUGCACUCACCUCUGAAUUUCCUAUGCUUUCACUCUCAUUCUCUGUCUCAUCAGCAACUUCUCUGUCUUCUGCCGGUCGUCGUCCGCCUCCUUCUUGUUGCCGUCGCCCAUUUGGCUUCACCUCGGAAACUCCUCAGCAGGCUGCGACUACUUUGCCCCACUCCGUCUCAGUGCGCAAGCUCAGCAUUUGUCGUCGCCUCCGCCUAGCCAGUCAGCACAAGUAAACUCGAGAGGGAGUUUACAUAGAGAAGAACUUUUCCAGACUUUGUGGUGUAGUUUCCAAAUCAUCUGUAGAUGAAGAGGCGGAUCAAUGAAUGGAAAACUCAACUGGCGAAGUAGAUAAACUUGGAGCUGAGUAGCCAUAAAUUCCAAUUUUUAUAUGAAGUAUGGGAGCUUUCAUUGAGAUAUAAUAAUAGGUUAUCAGAAUACUUAUAGGAACUUGACAUUCUUGAUUUUGUGAAGAGCUUAAAGAAGUUUGACAAAUCACGCCAAUGGCGGCAAGAGAGCGUGUAUUUGGAGCCAUUGGAAAAUCAGUGAAGGCGGUGGCGAAAAGCAGAGGCUCCGAGUGGUGGUACACUCCUGAUAUGGCGGCCGCUGCCCGCGCCAUAGAAGAGCGCAUCCCACUCGUCGAUCUUAUUCUCGAAGUGAGAGAUGCCCGGAUUCCAUUAUCAUCGGAAUAUUUGCAAUUGAGGAAGAUUCCUUCUGCUUGCCGAAUCAUUGUGCUGAAUAAGGCGGACCUUGCUGAUUGCUCCCAAACAAAGUUUUUGACCUUUCUCCAAGCAAGAGUUAGAGAAUUAAAAAAGAAGGAUGAUCGGAUGCAUCUAAUAACUUUAAUGUUAGUCGGUAUUCUCAAUGUGAGGAAAUCUGCAUUAGCCAACUCUUUGCAUCAGGUAGGAAGGAUUUAUGCAGCAGAGAAAGGGAGGCUAAAACACUCUGUAGUGACUCCACAGCCCGGGGAGACAAAAAGUAUAUGCAGUUUAAAGAUUGCUAGCCACCCUAAUAUAUUUGUUCUCGACACCCCAAGUGUAUUGCCUCCUGACGUGAUUGAUGAUGAGGUCUGUUCUAAACUUGUUGUAACAGGAGCAAUCAAAGAUAGUGUGGCUGGUGAAAUAAAUCUCGCAGAAUAUUUUCUCUCCAUCCUUAACCUUGGUGAGGAGUACAAGAAAUGGGCGAAGCUAUCAAGCUCUGAAGCUGGAGUGGCAUUGACUGGUGAUGGUAGUUUGAGUCUGGGGAAAAAGCAGAAGAAGCUGUAUCCGACUGAUCACACUCAGGAUUUCAUUGUCAACAAUGUACGACGCACACUUUUUGACUCGGUUUCAUCGUUUGGUGGUUGUACGGAAGAUGGAGAAGAUCUAGCUCGUCUAAUUCAAGGAGAGUUUGAGGUUUUGCAGAAGGUAUUUCAUCUUCCUUUAGAAAUAAAAGAAUGUAAUUAUAGUCGAGUAGCUAUCAAGUUGCUUACUCUGUACCGCAUCGGAAGGUUGGGUCAUUAGAUCAUGUUCCAUGUAAUUAAUGAUUUGUAUACAUAUUAAUUAGAUAACUUCUUUGUUA